UAAUUUCUCAAACUACCAGAAAGAAGACUAACAAGAAGAAGAAACUCUGGAAGCUCUCAGUUCUCACUCUUCACUGGAGCUAGAAGAUAUCAAGUCUGAGCAAGGGCCCCCAAAGAAACAAAAAGAAGGAUUUGCAGGUUACUGAAGUUUGCCAAGAACUGUCCUUUGACGCUGACUUAAUGGCCCAGCAAGCAGCUUUGAGCAGCCUGUUCGGCGAUGACCCUUUCUUCAGCCAAGAGCAGCUGCUGUGGCCGCUGCGUCACGAGGCCCUCUCCUCACUGCAGCAAGACUUCUUCAACCAGAGAACCAAACUGGCUGACAGCCUUUUGAGGGAGCUUCACGAUGGGCCCCACCUCCUCAAAUUUAACAAGUUGCCCCUCAUUUCCUCCACCUUGGCGAGGCUCAGUGAUGGUAAAGAGCAGCAGAGAGAGACUGUGAACGCAGAGCUUCACCAGGAACCUCAACAGGCCACAGAGAACGGCGACCUCCUGGUGACCCUAGACGCUCGUGGUUACGCCCCCAAUGACAUCACUGUCAAACUAGUCGGGCGUAGCCUGGCGGUGGUGGCCAAGAAGCAGGCCGGAGCAGAAGAGAGCCAGUCCUGCUCCUCCUCCUCCUCCUGCGCCUCCUUGUGCUCCUCGGCCUCGUCUCAGAUGGGAUUCGUCCAGAGGAUCGACAUUCCCGCUCACCUGGAUCUGUCCGGCCUCUCCUGUUCCCUGAUGAAUGAUGGACAGCUGCGUAUCCACGCCCCCGUGACCAAGCAGCCAAUCAAUGAGGAGCAGGAGGUGCCCAUUCGGUUCAGGACAUCGCUGGAAUUUCCUCUUACCAAGGACAAGACAAAGGAGGAACACAGACUAACGCACCCAUGAUACACACUCCACACAUACUGUCAGUGUGAAAACACAUUUUGAAAUAAAUGAAUAAAGAGUCCUGUUUUUAUGCUCACACAUACACACUUCCACUUAAAAGACGUCUAUAACGAGUAAAGUUUACCAUUACAAAAUGAAGAGACUAUUUAUUUUAUAAUUAUUUGCAAUUUGUAUGACCUGUUGAAAUGAAAUAAAGUGUAUGAUUUUCAAAAAACAA